CGCUCAGCCCCACCCCGUCUCACAAGUCCCAAAGCGCAAGCUCCCAACUCUCCCAAACCCUUUGCGGCGUCCCUCACUCCUCCUUCCCGACAUUCCCGUUUCCGCUUUCUCGCUGCUCCCGUUUUUAUCACCCCUGAGACACUUCACACGCUAAGGUCUUCAGUGACGUCAUCUCUCGGCGCCGUACUGACACCCGCCGGUGAAAAAGGGAACAGCUCCGCCGCCCUUCGCCUCUUUGUUGGGUUGCAGCUCCUUCAGUAUCAUGGCGCCAUCGCUGUGGAAGGGGCUGGUAGGCAUCGGCCUCUUUGCUUUAGCCCACGCCGCCUUUUCCGCUGCUCAGCAUCGUUCUUAUAUGCGAUUAACAGAAAAAGAAGAUGAAUCACUGCCAAUAGAUAUAGUGCUUCAGACACUUCUGGCCUUUGCAGUUACCUGUUAUGGUAUAGUUCAUAUUGCAGGGGAGUUUAAAGACAUGGAUGCCACUUCAGAACUAAAAAAUAAGACAUUUGAUACAUUAAGGAAUCACCCAUCCUUUUAUGUAUUUAAUCAUCGUGGUCGAGUACUGUUCCGGCCUUCGGAUGCAACAAAUUCUUCAAAUCAGGAUGCAUUGUCCUCUAGCACAUCACUGAAGUUACGAAAACUUGAAUCACUGCGCCGUUAAGAUUUUUACAAAUUAGGAUAUGACAGGACACAAAGCUGAAUAUUGGAGUUUGGGGUAUAAAACACACUCCCCCCAUUAGUAUUUAUAUUGAUCUCUCAGACCAAUUAAAAAAAAACUAUGGCCAUUGUUUGUACAUUGUUGGUCAAGUUCUUAAUGCAGUAUUGGUUAUCUAUGAAAUGAAUCUUUGAUUGAAUUUAAUAUAAGGAAAUUUUUUCAUUUAAGACAAAUUCACGUAUUUUGUAAAGUCACUGUUUUGAACACAUUGGAAAAUGUUGAUGGUUUCUGUGAUUAUUUAUUUUCUUAAAUUUCUUUUCUUUUGCACUACAGUUUUUAGGAUCCUUUUGGAAUUACUGUGUGACUACUGCAUUUUGCAGCAUGAAUUAUAGUAAAAUGAUCUUCAGUUCUUAGUAAAUGAACUUCCCUAAUGAGACCAAAAUGGUGACAUAUACCUUCUUCUUAUAUCCCCUAACAAGUGGCUCUGCUUCAGCAAAUAUUUGCCAGUCUUUCAUUUAUCCAUGGUUUCUUACUCCACCCCACUCCUGUAUACUUUCUAGCAUUGACUGUCUUGUGUAAUCACUUCUCAGAUUCUGUGUACAGUUAAGAAAUUUUUGUGUCGUAACAGAAGUAUUUAACAGGUUCAACUUGCUGUAAAACUAUUUGUGUUCUCUUCCUUUAUGUGUUAAAAUGUGCUCUAAGUGAUUAUAUAGUAUAGAAAUAGUUAAAGAUAGACCAAAAGACCAUUUGUGAUUUCAUUAUCCUGCCUAUGUAGAACAAUAAUUGUUGAGGAAAGCUGAUUGCUUGUUAUUAAUUUAAUUUAUUCAGAGUUGCUGUUAGCUGUUUUUAUGCUAAACUAGUGAAUUAAAUGAAAAUAAAACUUCUCAUUAAUCUAAAGGCAGACUUAAAGAAAUUGGGCCAAAUAUGUUCUAAAUAUUUGGAACAAAUAUAUUUAAUUUUUUUAAUGAAAUGCAAGGCCAUUUGAGAUUUAUAGCAGGUUUGGAGUUUUCUGCCUUCAGUCUAUGUUGGUGAGGAUGAAGACAUAGAAUUGAAUUCUUUUAGAAAGAGUAAUUUUACUUUUAGAGCAAUUGGCUAGCUCUUUGAUCCAGAAAGCUGCAGGAAACUGAAUGUUUUUAUGUAGGGCAUAAUGCAUUUUUGAAUUUGUACAGGUGUAAGCACAUUGCUUUUGUUGAGUUGUAUAGGUGUAAAGGGAAUGUCUGCAGAUUUGAAAAGGAAAUAUGCUUAAGGCAAGAGUCAUAAGAUGUCCUUAUACUUGAUGGCAUUUUCCAUUAGAACCGAACCUCACUCCUUCUGUUCUGCCUGAUAACGCACAGCCCCAAGGCAUAAGAUGAGUUUGUCAUUGCAUUUUUUUAUUAGUGUUUUGUUCUGUUUUGUUCGCCGAUCUAGUCUUUCUGUGGAACACUGACUCUGCUCUCUAAUGAGAACAAAGUUAGAAUCUGCCAAUAGCCUAAAAUAAUUUGAAACGUGUUAAAAAUGUGAAGUCGGGUAAAAGUAAUAAUGAAAUCAAAGUAGUGUGGAAAAAAGCAAGCUCCUAAUGCCAGUUUUGUCUAUCAUUUCCUCAGGUAUCACUUGACUUGGCAGAGUCUCUUGUUUUCUUCACUUGCGGCUGAAUUCCUUUGCUAAUAUGUUUCCAUGGUGUUGUGAGAUGUAGCUUGCCUACCUUACAGUUGACCCAACUAAAGGGUGCAAUUCUGUGACUUUCAGUAAAUCACAAAAUUGUGCAAUAUUGGCCACAAUCACUUUUAGGACUUUUUGUAGUCCCAAAAAGAAUCCCCUUGCCCUGUAAUAAUUGCCUCAUU